AUGGACAUAAUUACAAGUUUACCUCCAAUAACUAAAGGCUGGUGUUGUUCAGUAUUAGCUACUUCAAUAUUAUUAACUAUAAAGAAAGUAUCGAUAUUUAAUCUUUUAUUUAAACCUGAUAAAGCUUUAACUAAUCAAAAUUAUAGAAUUUUAACUUCAUUUAUAACUUUUAAUGAAUUAAGUUUAGAUCUAAUAUUUACAUUAUUUGCAAUUGCUAAUAGUUGUAAAAGAAUUGAAAAUAGAUAUUUAACUACUCAUUCUAAUUUACCUUCAAUCAUUGAUAAUUUUUCACCAUUACAAAAACAGACACUUCAAAAAUUUAUUGAUAAAAAUAAAUCAAUUGAUUUUUUAUAUUAUUUUAUACAAAUAGGUAUUUCAAUUGUUAUAGUGGUUAGUCUAGUUUAUUAUAAAUUAAAUAUUCCAAUAUUAGAAUUAGGAAGACUUUUAUCUGAAACUUUUACAUAUAUUGAUUCAAGAAAUGAUCCAAAUGAAAUAGUUAGUUUUAUGGGAUUGAUAAAUUUUAAAAAUUGUUAUAGUCCUUAUUUUCAUAUUAUAUUAAAUGUUUCACUUAGAGGUAGAGAAUAUCUUGAAAUGGGUAGAUUACAACAAAUUCCAAUUUGGAAAUUUCCAGUUUUUUGGAUAUAUUUAAUAAGUUAUGGUUUGGGACAUACUUGGUGGGUAAUUAGAGAAGUUUUAUUACUGACUUUACACUAUGAUUCAAAUGAUGAAAGAAGAAUAAAAAGGAAAGAGAUAAUGAAAAGGAAUAAUGUUGUUAAAUUUGAUUUAAUAAGGAAUUGUUUAGUUGUAUUUUUAUUACCUCCUUGGUAUUGGUUUAUAAUUAAAAAGAUAAAUAAUAGAAGAGAUAUCAAUAUACAUCAAUAA